AGAAACUUAGGAGGGGCUCCUCCGUGAAGCUGGUUGCUGUUUGUGGUGCUGAAGCAACGCCUGUAUUGUGUUAUACUUAGCGAAUCUUGCCCGUUUUCCCCGUUUUUUCCUCCCAACAUGCUGCAAUAACAUCCACCUCCGAGCAGCCCGAGUCCGACGGUAAACAUGCUGUUUUAGCGAAGGUGUGCGAUGGAUUAGUGUUUAGUCAGGAGCGGUAUGGAUUCACGGUGGUGUCCCAUCCUCUUCGCUGCAUUGGCUGUCAGCCUUUGCUCCUCACCUGCCCUCGCCGACAGAAAAUUUGGUUGUCUCUUUGAAGACGAGCUCUGCGCACCUUACGAGUUCUGCGUCAAUGAUGGAGUGUUUGGAAGGUGCCAGGAGCUAGUUGGUGCAGACCUAUACACGUAUGAUAUUUCUUCAUCUGCUCUGCAACGCCUCAGGAUCCUCCUACAGAAACUGGCUCACAGAGGUUUGACAUGGCAGGAUGACAUCACUCAGCAGCUGAUCACUAGAGAGCUUUCCAAAUUGAGGAAAAUCCCCCUCCACCACCAAAGCACACUUCCAAGCCCCCUGACUGCAUCCAGCAGCACCAGAAGCUGGAAUCUGAGGCCUGCACAGCCACCGCUAAGCAGAAACCUUCAACAGUACUUGACGGGGUUGGGCUUUCUGCAGCCGGCCGGGUUAGGUCAACAACCAGAAAACCAACAAGAGGCAAGCAUAGUUCAGAAUGAAGACAUCAAACCUGAUGGUCCAUCAGAGCCCAGCCGGCCAAAACCCAAGCAGGGCUGGAAGGAAACCACCAUCUACAGCCUUCAGAAAGGAGCUGGCGGACCUCCAGUCACCAAAGUUAUCACCCAGAGUGGAGAGGGCAGGCAUCCCAAGCUCAGUACAACCUACUCCAACCAGGACCCAGACAGGAGCAAGCUCCUCUCCAACCAUCUGGAGCAGCUUCUUGCAGGGGCACCAGGCACUCGGCAGGGCAUCCCAGGUGGUGAGGCUGUGUGGCCCAAAGGGAAGCUCCACUACUUCAGCUAUACACAGCCAGCUCAGAGUGAUCACACAAAACUGCAUACUCAGGUUGAUUUUGGCUCCAAAAAUGCAAAGCCUAAUCUGGACAGACUGCUGUUCAAAGCUGGCUCAAACCGACCCAACUCAAAACAGCCUCUAAGUGAUGUGGAUGAACGAGUCAUACUAAAUACUAUGAACCAGCUGGGGAGGCACAGCGUCAGCAUGGAUGCUUUGAUGGGCAAAGACCUGGACCAGCUGGCUGAGGUCAUCACAGGCGCUCUGCAGGAGCUGGAUGAGGAGCAGCCUGCGCCUGGGGCCCCGCCAGAACCAGGAGCCACAGACUCCAGGGGGGAGACACCGGGUAACCAGGGACCACUGGCAGCAAUGCUGAAUCUAAAACUCCAAAACCAGAACCUGAAAUCGGAUAAAGGGCAGGAUCUAAACCAGAAAGACACGCUGAAAAUGAAACAAGGCCAACAAAUAGACGGUGCUGACAAAGAUUCCAUUGACAAGCAUACAGCUUUCUUCUCCAAGCUGCUGGACUACCUCAACAGGGAGCCUUUUGGGGAUGCUCCAGGGGUCAACAGUGGGCUGCCAGCUCCCCUUCAGAAAAUGGUGGGACUAGAAAAUGUCCAGAGCCGGACAAAGCAGGGCCAGGUUCCUGUCCCACAUUUCUCGGAGGAGAAGACUGCGACCAUCCCUGCAAAAGAAGGAUCCACCCUGCGGUUGUCCAGUGGAGCAGAAGGGCCUGAUGCACAGAUUGACUCUGAGGUGGAGAAGUGGAUGCAAGGGGAUCAGGCUCCAGCAGAGAAGAACCAGCAGGAUGAGCCACAGAAGAAAGACAUGAAGAUUAAAACCCAGUUGGUCCAUGUGGGAGUGAAGGAGUUUUCCAGCAGAGGGAAGGAUAGACACUUUGGCUACAUUAUCACCAGCUCAGACUCUCUUACCAAUGAUAAGAGUUUGGACCUGAUGGAGCGUCUGACCCAGAGAAUGAGCCUUCAUGCCGCAGACCUGACCCAGCUCUCCGUCCUGGGUCCUGCACUAACAUUCAGAGUCGGCCCAAACCCUAAGAAUGUGACCACUGCAGAUCUGGUUCAAGUUGCAGUCCAGCAGAAGCAGCAGCUGGAGAAGGAGACAGGCCUGAAGAUAGUGGAGGCUGGAGUUAGUGAUAGGGGCAGCCUGACCCAGAUCCCUGUGGUGAAGGAGACCAGGGUGGAGUCAGGCCAGUUCCUGCUGCUCUCCGUCCUCUGCAUGCUCUUCAUCCUUGUGGCGCUGGCAGUGUCCGGCACUUUCUUCUGUGUGCGCCAGCGCUCACACCUCCACAUGAAGGAGAAGCUGGCCAGCCUGGGGACUGACACCAGCACUGACGCCACUGCAACCUAUCAGGAGCUAUGUCGCCAACGUAUGGCAAUCAGAACGUCGGAGCGCGUUGAGCGACCAGAGACUCUGCGCCACUCUCGCCUCAACAGCGUAUCAUCUCAGUUCAGCGAUGGCCCUGCGGCAAGUCCAUCAACACGCAGCAGCACCUCCUCCUGGUGUGAAGAGCCAGUCCCAUCCAACAUGGACAUCUCCACUGGUCACAUGAUACUGUCAUACAUGGAGGACCACUUGAAGAACAAGAACCGUCUGGAGCGCGAGUGGGAGGCGCUGUGCUCCUACCAGGCAGAGCCCAGCGCCUGCAGUGUGGGCCAAGGCGAGCACAACUCCAAGAGAAACCGCUCUGACGCCGUGGUUGUAUAUGAUCAUUCAAGAAUCACCUUGAAAGCAGAGAAUAACCACAGCAACUCAGAUUACAUCAAUGCCAGUCCAAUAAUGGACCAUGACCCUCGCAACCCGACUUACAUCGCCUCUCAGGGACCACUUGCUUCCACUGUGGCAGACUUCUGGCAGAUGGUGUGGGAGAGCGGCUGUGUUGUGAUCGUCAUGCUGACCCCACUGUCCGAAAAUGGAGUGAAGCAGAGUCACCACUACUGGCCUGACGAGGGAUCAGAUGUUUAUCACAUAUAUGAGGUCAAUUUGGUGUCUGAGCACAUCUGGUGUGAGGAUUUCCUGGUGCGGAGUUUCUACCUGAAAAACCUGCAGACCAACGAGACACGCACCGUCACCCAGUUCCACUUCCUGUCCUGGAUGGACCGAGGGAUCCCCAACUCAGCCAGGAUCCUGUUAGACUUCCGCAGAAAAGUUAACAAGUGCUACCGGGGUCGAUCUUGCCCGAUAAUUGUUCACUGCAGUGACGGAGCUGGCAGGAGUGGGACUUACAUUCUGAUUGACAUGGUCCUCAAUAGGAUGGCUAAAGGUGCUAAAGAGAUUGAUAUUGCCGCUACCCUGGAGCACUUGAGAGACCAGAGAGCUGGCAUGGUCCAGACAAAGGAGCAGUUUGAAUUUGCACUGACAGCCGUGGCAGAGGAGGUGAACGCCAUUCUGAAAGCACUUCCUCAGUGAAGGCAUCACACCUCACCUACUUCUUCUCGCUCUCUAACCACCAGUUUCCUCUGCCCACUCAUGACUGACAUCUUUCUCUGCCCUUUCCUCUCCUCUUCUAUCUCAGCCUCCUCUUCACCUAGAUAUAAUACUGCAUACUGAACGUUGUGUCGGGUAUAUCACCUGGAUCCAUAUUCUGUCAUUUCAGAGUGUGACUGUUGAUCUGUGGUUGUUUUAACAAUUCUGGAUAAAGAGAGCAGAGUGAGAAUAGAGAAAUUGAAACACAGAUCAACAUUCUUCCUGUAAAAAUUUAUGAGUAUGAACCCAUGGUCCUCUAUAACUGUGAUGUUGUUCCUGAACAUACUGUUGCAGUGCCACGAUGAGAUGUUUACGUGAUGUCAAGUGAAGAUUUUUGUUCUAACAAUGAACUAUCUGUUGUUAAAAACUGACACAAAUGCUAAGAAAACAAAUUACAGCAGGACUGCAAUUAACAGUUUUCUGUGUGAAAUCUUUAAAAAAAAUGUUCUCACAGGCUGCGUUAGUCUACUUAUUUUGUGACAAGCAAUCUAAAAUCUUAAAAUAUUCAAAUUAUUGUCAUGGAUGACAAAGAGAAACUGCGUAUGAUUAUAUCUGAAAUUGGAGUUGGAGAAUAUUAGGCAUUACUUCGUUCAGAAAAAGAAAACAUUUGACACAAAUUUAUUUUUACUGAAUAUCUAAUUGAACAUACUUGUGCAACUGUAACCCUCUCAGACUAACCACAUGUAAAUUAAGUUCUUGCCUGUAAAAAAAAAAAAACAAACAUUGUACAGAUUAUAUCCUCUGAAGUGGUUUGCUGGAUCCACGUAGCGUUUUGGAGGUCGACUCCUCACAUAUUUCUCUUCCUCUGUGAUCUGAAUUAGCUACUAUAUACUCAGCAUCACAUGUACAGAUGUUAAAAUGUGUGUGUCGUAAUUUGGAUCUCAGUAUUAAACCACAGAUUCUUUAACUCUGAAGAAGCCUCACAGAACAUUGAUUAUCAAAACAUAUCAGCUAUUAAAUCUUCCUCACUGCGCCAAUUUAACAUCUUUUGUUUGGUACAUGAACAUCUUUGUUAAUCUUAAAUGUGAAAUAUGCCAACUGAGAUAGUUAUUGCCUCUGUUUAGAAAUGCUGUCAUCUUAUAUUAAUAGUAAUAAUAUGAUAAAGAGUAUAUUUGAGAAGACAUAUAUCGGGAUUGUUGCUAAACUUGUUUAUCCAUCUAUCACUGGUAUAUUGUGGCAUUUUGUGCAAUGUGACAGAUUAUUCACUGUAUGUAAAGACAAUGAAUGACUUUAUGAAUCCUUCUUUAGUGCUAUCUAAAAUACAUACUGAGAGCCUCAAUGAGAACUAUAUAUUUUGUGUGAGAAAUAACAUUCAGAUUGAUAAUAAAUGAAAAUGAACUACA